UGUACUGUACUGGAACCUGUCGGUGUUGACGGUACCUGUCCGUAAGUUAAGCAAAGAUACGCAUGUACAGAGAAAUGAGUUGAUGACAUGUCAUUAUUUUAGUAAUACCUUCUGCACGUUGAGUCCAAACGGCUCCGCAUCCGCUGUUAGCUGCUGUAGCUCGCUUUCCUCGUCAGGCUAUCAAUAUGACCUCAUGGAUUAUUCAGAUGAUGCUGAUGCUGCUAUCUGUCUUCACUGGCAGCAGCCAGGGGAAGAGGGACAAGGUGCUUUACUGUUCUGCAUGCAAGGCAAUUGUGGAUGAACUGAACUACUCAAUCAGUCAGGUGGACCCAAAGAAAACCAUCAACGUUGGCAGCUUUAGACUCAACCCUGAUGGAACCAUGAAAGACAAAAAGGUCCCAUUCGCUCGCUCAGAGACUCACCUCAGUGAGCUCCUUGACGGGGUGUGCAACAGCAUGAGUGACUAUGCCCUCUAUGUGGACCCCGACACCCAGCACAAGCAGUACAGGAGGUUUGCUCCCAGAAGCAGUGGGGCCACCGGUGUCCCCGACUUUAAAAACUUCCAGUUUGAUGGACCAGAAGCAUCCAACGACCUGAAAUUUGCAUGUGAAACGGUGGUGGAGGAGUUGGAGGAUGAAAUCAUCACCAUGUUGAGCCGGGACAGCCGGGAGAGCGUGCACAAGGAGUUAUGCAACAGAGUCUCAGGCUUCUGUGAGGACAGCCACACUGACAGGGAGUUAUAGCAUCAGAUCUUCAGUGGAUCGAGGUGGGACCAGCUUUGAUGCACACUUAUGGGGAAAAAAAGGACUUGAUAAAAAAAAUGUUUGACAAAUAAUUGAGAGUAUUUUAAAUAAAUAUAAACAACUGUUCAGAAACUA